AUGUCGACGUCGCUAGGCGAUUUCGGUAAGCUGCCAGCGGAGCUUCGGACGGAAAUCUUCUUGCUGGUGGUGCUGGAGAAAGUGCACGCGAUCGAGCCCUUUCCCAUCCUUCCCCUCUCCCAGACAUCGCGAGACAUACGGUGGGAAGUCCUUCCUCUGUUCCACAACAAGGGCUCCUUCCAGUACCUGAAGGUGUUGCUCAGCUUCUUUUCGCCCCUCGAGAUCCAAUGGACACUUCAUAAGCGGCGCAAGGAGCGGGAUCGGAUUGUAAGUCGCGGUGUGCCAACCCCGAUCGUCCGCAAUGUGCAAAUCGCCUGGCAGAGCACAUUCGAUUGUCUAGAAGAGGUGUCAAUGAGCACCAAGACGGUCAAGGGGGUGCAGAUUGCCAAUAUUCAGUGGACGUGGAGAUGUGACAUCCGGCGAGGCCAGCAAUGUUGGAAAUGUAAUGUCGAUCCCGCUCACCAGAUAAAGUUGCACGACGGACGCGAAGAAAGAGGAAGAAGAUGGUUCCGGGAGUAUGCUCCGGGAAGCCGAGGGGUUUCGUUGACGGAGAUUAUGGCCAUAGAACAGUGGCUUCUGAGAAGCAUCGACUCUGCUCGAAUUCCCAAGUACCCGACGAGGGAAAAGUCAUCGACCUCGAGGGUGGAAGGCGGCGACAUCGGCUCUCGGCGACCCACUCCGCCGAUCUCCGACUCAAUUAUCGGCCUAUUGUUCCGAGAACUAGUCCUAGGCGUCGCAGGCCUUUUGUUCAUGGUUUGUUUAGCUCCUGUUUUUUUUUUAUAUGGAAUAGUGCUUCUGCUUUCCGAGAUCCGCAUUAGGUAG